GGAACACCCACUUGAGGAGGACAAGGCAACCCACUCCAGUAUUCUUGCCUGGAGAAUCCCAGGGAAAGAGGAGCCUGGAGGGCUACAGUCCAUAAUGGUGCAAAAGAGUUGGACAUGACUGAAGCCACUUAACACGCACGGUCUUUCCUUUAAGUGGCUUCUAGAUAAAAUCUGUGGGCUUUCUCUUCAUCUGGAUGUCUGGUACCACAGGGUCCUUUUCUCUCACUCCCUGAUUUCUGCUCUUCCUCCAUUCCAGAACCCUGGCCAUCAGUCUGACCAACUGCAAGUAUGAGAGUGAAGCACCUAGCUCAUCACUCAAAUGACUGGGCAUCAGAGGAUACUUAGGGUUGCAGUUUUCACUCUGAAGACAGUUCUCGCAAUUUGCUCCCAGCCCCUGGAUCUCGUUCAGUUCAGUUCAGUCACUCAGUCGAGUCCGACUCUUUGUGACUCCAUGGACUGCAUCAUGCCAGGCUUCCCUGUCACCAAGUGCUGGAGCUUACUCAAACUCGUGUCCGUCGAGUCAGUGAUGCCAUCCAACCAUCUCAUCCUCUGUCAUCCCCUUCUCCUCCCGCCUUCAAUCUUUCCCAGCAUCAGGGUCUUUUUCAGUGAGUCAGUCCUUUAAAUCAGGUGGCCAAAGUAUUGGGAGUUUCAGCCUCAGGAUCAGUCCUUCCAAUGAAUAUUCAGGACUGAUUUCCUUUAGGGUUAACUGGUUUGAGCUCCUUGCAGUCCAAGGGACUCGAAAGAGCCUUCUCCAACACUACAGUUCAAAAGCACCAAUUCGUUAGGCUGACUUACAACUUGUCACCUCCGUCCUUCAAACCUUAGCCUAGAUUUACUGCUAAAUCUGGACUCUGGGUGCAGCCCGGGGCUAGAGGUCAUCCAGGCGACAAGAAGUCCGUUUCCCAGAGGAGUCGAGUUCCCACAGCUCGGAGCUGUCGCCAUCAGAGAACCGCUGAGGGGACGCCCUUCCUGUGACCGUGGCGGAGGCAGGCGGCCUGAGCAGCCCUUGGGGUAGACGGGCGGGAGGCUCUUAGCCAAUGAUCUCGUCUUAAAAAUUUAUCGCGUUUGGCAGGAGCGUCCUCUACCUCAUUCCGGUUCCGGGAGUUGCAGGGUAAAUACCCCCCCUCCCCCGCCCCGCCCUGUAGUUAUUAGGGGAGGACUCGGCCACAGAGCGGUUUAAACCCAAAAGCCACGCCUUCAGCUUGAAGCCGGAAAGAACCGCGACCUCCCCCAGCUCUCGCCCACGCGUACUUCCGGUUCCGUCCCUGGCUUCCGGUGCUGCCACUCCGCGGGUCGUGAAGGGUUUUUUCUGUAAACAUGGCGUUUUCCCUGAAGGUUUUCCUGGGCGGCCGUGUCUGCGCAGCUGUCGCUCGCUGUGGGUUUGCUACCCGGGGGGUGACCAUCCCGGGCUCUAUCAGCCGAGAACCGGAUCCCGAUUUCGACUGGGAACCGGAGGAGCGAGAACUGCAGGAGGUGGAGAGCGCCCUGAAGCGACAGAAAAAAGCCAUUCGGUUCCAGAAAAUUCGGAGGCAAAUGGAGGCGUCAGGUGCCCCGCCCAGGACCCUGACGUGGGAAGCCAUGGAGCAGAUCCGGUAUUUACACAGGGAAUUUGCAGAGUCUUGGUCAGUUCCCAGAUUGGCUGAAGGCUUUGAUGUCAGCAUCGAUGUGAUCCGAAGGGUUUUAAAAAGCAAAUUUGUACCCACACUGGAACAGAAACUAAAGCAGGAUCAGAAAGUCCUUAAGAAAAUCGGACUUGCUCGUUUGCUCCCGGAGCUCCCAGGCCCUGGAGAUUCCUCCAAACUGCUUUCUGUAGACCCGUCUGUAUCAGGUUCUUUUCUGAUGCCUGGAGAUGAAGCCUCAUCCAAAGGCGAUGGUCACAGCACAGCUUUGAAAGCGAUUGAAUUGAACACUCAGAGUACAAAUAUACCAACGAGACAGACGGAAAGGAAUAAAGGAGUCCAGGAGGAGGGGAAGAACUUUGUGCCUGUUGCUGCAGGUCACCCUACCGGCACUUGUAGGGGCGCCAGAGGAAUUGACAGUGAUGGAUUACCCAGUGACAAGAAGCUGGAAGAGCUGAAGGCAGGUGACCAGAUCUUCAGCAACAGAGUCAUGCAGAGGGGACGAGAGUUCUUUGACAGUAAUGGGAACUUCCUGUACAGAAUCUGAGUCGGGAUGUGCCACGUGUGACACACAGCUGGGCAAGUGUAUUUGGUUCUGCCUGGGUUUCUGUGUACAGAUUUCCACCUUGGAAGUGAGGGGGAACGAUGAGCCUGGAAUGUGGGAUGAAAGGUUUGAAUCUGACAAAGGUCAGAGGACUUCACAGGGCAGAUGUGUCUGGGAGCAGAGCAGUGACCCCCCAGGCAGAGUCCAGCCUCCUGGAGCACAGCCCCUGCUCUGACCCAUUUCCAUCUGCAGAUUUCACCCUUCUCCUCGGGCUGUCUGUGUGUUGAAAGACCUGUAUUGCAUGUGUUGUUACAAGUUUCUGUGAUACUUGCAGUAUAUUUGGGAGGAGAUUGUUUGUCUUCUCACCUCAUUUACUUCUUGAUUAAUGAACACAGUUCUGGAACUGCUUAGUCAAUUGGUUGUCCUCAUUAAAUGCAAAAUAAAGCAAAAUGAAGCA